CAGAGUUGCACAAAAUUUUUAUUUUGGUUUCGACAUUAAUGAUUGUCUCGAAACCAGAGAGGCGUAUUUUUCGUUUUUGAGUUAUUAUUUUUCAAAGAUGGUCCGAAAAAUCAAACAAAUUUUAAAAAAUAUAGCGCCCUUGGUCCCGAGACCAUGAAAACUAUAAAAAAACAAAUACAUUCAAUAAUGACAAAUCCAAACCCUGAUUUUUUUACAAGCGUAGCAUUUUUCCAAGAAUGACUAUGAGUGACUUAUGAGCUUUAAUUUGGUAUGUCGACCGUCUAAAUCGGUUUAGUAGUUCACAAGUUACGAAUUUUUGAAAAAUAUCGAUAUUACGGAUCACCCUAAAAUGAAAAUGUGUAACCUAACAAAAAAAAAAUAAAAUACGGGUCUAAUUGUUUGCGAUAAAGAACGAAACUACCAUUUUUGACGAAAAUCUGAGAACCACUAUAUCGGUUUGGCAUGGAAUGGCUGUAUAUAUAUAUAUAAAUCUCGUGUCACGGUGUUUGUGGUCAAACUCCUCCGAAACGACUCUACCGAUUUUAAUGAAAUUAUACACAAAAAAAACUUGGUAGGCAUGAGUAUAGGUCGUAAAUUAUAUAUAAUACCGCUACGAUACCGGUUACAAUAUAUUUAAAUUGGAGUGACCUCAUGCAGGAAAAAAUCAGAAUAUUUUUUAAAUUUGGCGUUAAAUCAUACACAUACCCCAAAUUUUAACCCUAUUCCCUAUUUUUAAUCGCGAUUUUAUCAUAUUUGUAUAAACAAUAUACAAAUAAUUUAACCAUCGUUCGCUUUUCAACAGUACGAUUUUUUUACGUGGUCAAAUGACAGAUGGCGCUACGUCCACACAUGCGCAAAUAACCUCAAUUCGCCUAAAGCCAGGCGCAUCGCCGGCGAGCUGGAAGCCUUUUUGAAUGAGCACAAUGAAUUAUUGGAAAUUCUCCAAAUCCCACAUGAUCCGAUUGCAAAAUGACAAUUGCGCUAUUGUCAUCAAUCUAGAUAAAUCACCGGCUGCUGAGCACGUAUAUAGAUUUAUUUUAGAUAAUUUUAGUUGAAUGUCUUCUGAGUGACAAGCUCUAAAAUAUGUAUGACCACAGUGUAAUUCAGAAGAAAUUUCAUUGAUGAAAAAUUCCCCGGCUGCUCUGAAGGGACAACACGGAUAUUGCAUAAACAUUAAACAGCGAAAAUUCGGCACAGGUACUUCAUUCAUUAUCAACAUCAUUACUCAUUUUUGAUUGAACAUGUAGUUAGAUGAGAUGAAACAAACAAAAGAGUGCGCUCGAUGGAUUUUUAUGAGUGUCGUAUGAUGAUUUGACGCGGUCAGGAGAACGUGAUUCUAUGAUGUCGUGAGCUGUGCCAACAAUCCAAUUCCUAAAUACGACAGAACUACCCGAACGGAUCGAAAUUUUGCAUUCUAUAACCCGGUCGAGUAAAUUCCAAUCAAGUUGUGCAAAGUGGUAACAUUGCCGCGCAAUUAUAGAUGGACUAUGACGACUAGAAUUUGGGUCUUCGUGUUCAAUUAAUGUGAAGCGAAAAUAGUAAUUUAUUUUCGGGUGGAAUACGCUUUCAAAACCAAAACUAAUAAUGAAAAUUGAGGAGAUUUUCGAGGGUCAAAAAAUGAAAACUUUCAGUGCACCCCUAAAUCAUUUCCGGUUGAGCUGAAAUUUUGCGCAGGUUUUUGAAAUUUGACAUGACCAUUUUCACCCCAAUGUGUACUAUGUAUGUAUGAGUUGUAUGAGUUUCAAACCUAUCGUAUUCCGGAAUAUGAGCGAUUGUUAGAUACUUUUACCACAAACAUGGCGAUCUGAAACUUUGAUCGACUUUCAUGGUAGAUAGAAAAUGUUUGCUAAAGAUUUCACUAACGACAUGAUCACAAGCAAGGGUAAGCGGAUAUUCAAUAUAUCGACGAAUAAAUACUGAUAAUGGCGUACAAUCAUUCACAAAUAUCAACAACGCAUCGACAUUGAAAAUCACUAGACGGUAUCAUUAUACGACUUGUUCCUGUAACUGUACACAAGAUAUGAAACCUUGCUCUCGGCUGUAUGCACUCAACGCAUAACAUGAGUCUCGAGGUCCUGGCAGGAGUAACUCCUCUACAGAACCGAUUCUGGGAACUUUCUCUCAGAAUACUGGUGAAAUGCGGUAUCACGAACACACUUGUGAUUGAAAACUUUGAUAAAAUGCUUCAUCUAAAUAUACAAUCUCGGUUUAUGAGAAUUUAUCAUCACUAUAUUUCAUCAGAUAUUUGUCUUCCAUCGUUUACUCCAGACCGUGCUCACUUCACCAUCAGCAGUUCCUCAAUUGAAUACGAUCUGUCGAUGAAACAAGCAAUACUUGGGAUUUCAGAUCAGCUUCGACCAACUUUCCUUCCCCGUAUUUUUAACCGAAAGCACCAAAAAGUCAAUUGCAUGAAAAGAUACUUCACUGAUGGGUCUCGCCUCAAUGGAUCCACUGGCUUCGGUGUUUUCAAUGAAAAUUCAAGCGCCUUCCGUAAACUGCAGGAACCUUGUUCCGUUUAUGUUGCUGAGCUGGCAGCAAUCGACUUCGCAUUGGGGAUGAUCUCCAACAAGCCUGCAGACCAUUACUUCAUUUUCUCGGAUAGUCUCAGUUCGCUUGAGGCUCUCCAGUCGAUGAAAACUAGUAGGUACCCAUCUUAUUUCCUCACAAAAGUGAGACAGCAGAUGAGUGCACUGAUCGAAAGAUCUUAUAAGUUAACCUUUGUUUGGGUCCCCUCUCAUUGCUCAAUUCCUGGCAAUGAGAAGGCGGACACUCUCGCAAAGGUGGGUGCCCAGGAAGGCGAAUUGUUUGAUAGACAGAUUUCAUACGAUGAAUUUUUCCAAUUACUGCGUCAGAGUUCCCUCUUGAGUUGGCAAACCGAUUGGGACACUGGAAGUCUUGGGCGGUGGUUAUAUUCAAUUAUUCCAAAGGUUUCUUCGAGAGCGUGGUUCAAAGGUUUGGACUUAAGUCGUGACUUCAUUCGUGUAAUGAGUAGACUUAUGUCCAACCACUACUCGCUAGAUGUGCAUCUCCACAGAAUAAAUCUUGUUCAAAGCAACGUCUGUCGGUGUGGAAACGGUUACGAUGACAUCGAUCACGCAGUUUGGCAAUGAUAAUUACGCAGCCAGAGAGUACCUUUUGAAUGCCCUUGAGGUCCAAGGAAGACAACCCUAUGUUCCUGUUAGAGACGUGUUGGGAACUCACGACAUCUGCUAUAUGCAGUUGAUCUAUAUGUUUGUGAAACGGUCUAGUAUAAGUAUUUAAUGCUUUUGUGUUUUUCUUUUUCGUUAUUAGUUUGUUUGUCUUGUCCCCCCAUCUCACCGUCGCCCACCCUCGACAGCUAGUCGAACACCAGAUGCUAUCCCUGGUCAUUAUGCACAAUGCUACAGUGCGUGCGGCAACCCUCGGUUGAGACAACGAUACCUCAUAUCCAUAUCCCCAACCUGACCCGUCCCACAAAAAUGUUGCCCUUUUAACCUCGAGUAAACCGCGAGUAUUCGGUCGAAUCCUACUAAACAUAGAAAUUAGUUGAAACUUUGUAUAAACAAACCUUGAAUUAGCGGCUCCGCAAAGCUUAUGCGAUUGAGCCUUACAAAUAAAUGAACUGAAUAAAAAAAAAAAAAAGAUAUGAAACCGGUGCUGCUGCUCACGAUUAAUCAUUUUUCACUCCCCGAUCAUCUUCAAUCGGGACUGAGAGUGAACAUAACAAAACAAAGAGUGGAAAACAACAUUGAAUGAAUGAAUACUCCUUUGGAAGGAUCGCACGAAACAAAAUAACGAGCGAGUCAAAAUAGACUGAAUCUGCUUGUAUGUAUGAUUUAAUUUUCCCUUGUCAGCAUUCAAGUGCACAUGAAUCCACCUUCCUGCUCACCAAUAACUUGCGUUAAUAUGGUCUUUUGCGUUAGCUUGGAUCGUUCCAUACUAGAAACAAAAAAGCGUCAUUGCAGUAGUGCACAGGAAACAACUCAAUUUCAACUAUCUACCUAUAUUUUACUGCCGCGAUCGAGGCUCAAUGAUUACUAUUUGAGUGAAAAACGAAUGAUUUUACAGAGACACUCGCUGGCGCAAGCAAAAGUUUCCAAUUUGAUUCUAUCACCAUCUAACGUCAUUCCGAGAGGCAAAUGAGGGAAUGCCAAAUUCUCUGAGAAUAAAGUUCGAAAGACAACCCGCAGCCUGUAUUCGAUGUUUCCGACCAAACCCGACCGAACUUUCGAACUGCUCACAACGAACUUCAUAAAAUCUACCUCCAAUUUCAAAACCAGCAAGAUUUAAAUCGAAUUCAACAGUUCUGCCAGAAACGUAAAAUCGAAAUGCAUUUUAUACCACCAGAUACUCCAGAGUUCGGUGGACUUUGGGUAAUAUGUGUCAAAACUGCAAAAAAAAAUUUUGUCGGAACAGCAAAGAUGAUUUUCGAAAAGUUGAUCACUGUUUUAAUCGAAAUAAUUGAAGUUUUAAACUCUAGAUCUUUGUUAACCAUUUCCAGAGAUCCAGCAGAUCUGCAGGUAAUUCCAUCAGCACAUUUCUUAUUUGGCCGUCCUCUUAUCGCUUUAGCAGAUCCAUCCUUGGAAAAUGUGAAAGCUAUCCGAUUAUAUAGAUGACCGUCUACCGUUGAUUAUAUGGCAAUUGCAAUAUAAAUUCCACACAUAAAGAGUGUAGAGUCGCGAACAAAUAAAACGAGAAAAAUCUGUAUGCCACGCAUGAAUCAAAUAGAACGUAAACCUAUUCUGUUGUGUUAUUUUUAAACGUUGUGCCUUUUGUAGUACGCUAAGGGGUUAAUAUUUAUAAGCGUUCGAACGUGGGUACCAUUCUGAUUUGAAAUAGGUAAAUAAACAGAAAAAACCGUUCAAACGGCCCUGGAAGCCCUGGAAAUAGAUAAUGAUGCGUUACAAGUCUUUUUGUUCGCUUGACAAUGGUUAUAAUAAUACAGCUAACAAAGCUAUACUACUUCUAGGUCAACAUCGCUCUAACGGAAAUUCUAAGGCUUUGGCGACUGUAACGGCUAUUAUAGAUGGAACUGGAUCUAUCGGUGCCGCGAUAGGACCAUUACUGGCUGGCUUCGUAUCGUCUUCCGGAUGGGAAAAUGUAUUUUAUAUGCUGAUUGUGUCUGAUUUAUUGGCACUUUUGUUGCUUUUGCGGUUGGUGUCGAGAGAGCUUACGCGGAAUUCACGGCGGCGCAAUGUUCGUAUAGAAUAACCUCGAGAAGGGGUGUCGUUAACUAAGUAAUAAUCAAAAUCGCUACUCUCUUGUUUAGCAUUUAUUCCAAUGUUUUGAAACAUUUUGACUAUUACAUUGUAUAGUGGAAACUCGUAUUAGUAAAAAUUAAAUAUUCCUACUUUCGGAAA